CUUUUUUUUUAUUGUAUAAAAAGAGAGGGCCUUGGCAUCGCCAUCCGGCCAGCGGUUACAAUAUAUCAUAGAUCUUAUAUACCUGGAUAGGCCUUGUUAAUGAAAAUCGGGGACCGAGAUGCCAGAGCGAGAGAGCAAUAUAUUUUCUGUCCUUCUAUUGGAAAAGGAAAGACUGCGCAAGCGCGGAGGCGCAGGAACGUAAUAUCUGAUGAAGCAUUAGAAAUAUAAUCAAAUGAUAUAUUAAAGAUUAUAAAUAAACAAGUAUAAUAAAAAAUCAAGCGGCAAGGGCUUUUACGGCUAUUAAACAAACAGAUAAUUAUAAAACUUCAGAAUUAAGGAAAUUGAAAGUGGAAUACCUGGAGAUAUUUUAUAGGGAUGUAAGAAGGAAGGAGUUAUUUUUCCGGGAAAAGGAAACAAGAGAAGAUAUAAAAAUUAAUGUAUGAUUGAGAAAAGAAGUAAUAGCAAAUAUCAUUAGCAUGUUAUUUAGUAGUAUAAUAUAAACAAUAUUAAUAUAAUAUAAAUACUAUUUCUAACUUAUAGUAUCUAUAAACUUAUAGUAGUACUUUUACAUCAAACUUUGUGGGAUGAUUUUACAAGGAAUCAGUCAUGAGAAAAUAAAAUUAAUUUAGUUAAUUUUUUACGUAUUUUAUUUGGCUUUUCGUUAUUUUCACGUGCUAUGUGAUGAAAUCUUAUGUCUAUGUAAGUAGAAACAAUAAGAUUUAUGAGCUGAUUUCUGUGAUUACAAUAAAAAUCUUGGCCCUGAGAGUGACCUGUAAUAAUUUCAGUGAAAACAACUUUAUUAACUGAAUUUUUUACUUUACUUAUUCUAAAUCCGACUGUAGCACAAAGCAAAUACAUAUCCUUUAUAUGCGUCUGAAUAUUUUCAAUUACUUUUAUCACAUUUUUAACCAAUAUCUGCCGCAUAUUUUACAUCUUAUCGUCAUUUUAUCGAUAAAUGAAUAAAUCACUUUUAUAGGUUACAUUCAUGACACAUACGUGAAACCGAACUGUUGGCCAGUUUUAAUACAUCAUUUCGCGCAUGCGUUUCGUAUACUGUAAAGUGAAGAAUGGACGAUGAAUGGACAAGUUCUCACUCUUUCUCUCUACAGGGAAAGGCCUAUCCAGGUAUAUAAGAUCUAUGCAAUAUAUGGACUUACAGUAUCGACCGAAAACUACAGCUGGUCUCGCGCUAAAACUACGACAUAGCUGAGACCAUGGUGGAAGAAUACAAGGUGUGCUCAUUUAUGAGACGAAUUUCGUACCGUUCUGCGCAGAUUCCAGAUGCCGCCAUUUUUGUUCAGAUCAUAUAUAUAUCGCCCAGACAGCACACAGAUAUCCUAAAGAUAUCCAUCAGAUGUCCUUCAAGGAUAUUGAGGAUAUCCAUAGACCAUCCGUUUUACGUCCUUUGGACAUGUUAUGGAUGUCCAUAGUAUAUCUGUUUAUGAAAUUGGUGUACAUGUUUUACGUCCUAAAUACGUCCAUAGGACAUCCACUGGACAUCCUGGGACGUGAUAAAGGCCCAGGUAGCAAGCACAGAAGACGACAUUCUGAGACGUUAAAAAGACGUAACUUCGUAACCUGUUUUUACCUUUUAGUAACGUCUUAAUGACGUUUUAAUAACAUCAUAACGCGAAAUAAAAGAUAAAAUCGAAAUUAUAUACCAAAUUAUUAUUUUAUUUUAAACAAGAUUUAUUUUGCAACGUGUACAUAUAAAUUGUUAUACAGUUAUAAUGUACCAUUGAAAAUGUACCAUACUGAAAGAGUAUUCGAUUUUUGUUAAUUAAAAUUUCCACUUACCUCACACGGGAUUUGAACCUGCGUCGUUGAGCUUCACAGUCCUCGUUCUAGUCCACUACGCUAUCGAGUAUAUUUAAUAAGCGCCUUUUAAAUUCUGCUCUUAGUGUGUUAAAGAACACUUAUGUACGAACUUAAAAAGUCAAAAAUAUACAUACAAAUAAAAUAUUCUUAAACUUCAUUUUAUGUCUAAUAAAAUAUUAUAAAGAAAAGAACUAAAGAUUACCUCUAAAUUCGUCGAUAAUUCUUAGAGAACCAAUCAAAAACCAUAAAGCGUUUUACCAUCAAUAAUAAUUGUGAAUAAAUAUUUGCUGCGCGUUUUACUGAUUAUAAAAAUGGAAGUUGAAUUUCUUCAUCUCAAAGUUUGAUUUAUCAAAUAAUCCUCGUGUGUGUAUGUGUGUGUGUGUGUGUGUGUGUGUGUGUGUGUGUGUGUGUGUGUGUCUGAAUAAUUUAUUUGCAUAUAGCAUGCACAGAAAAAGAUCGGAAUUACAUGCAGAUGGCGUUGACAUAGCGCAUACAGGGAGCAAGUACAAAUAAGAAUAGCAUAUGGAUAUACAAACAUGUCCAUUUUAGGAUAGUCCUGCAAUGUUCACAAAUGUAUAUCCUAUGGAUAUCUGUAUAAGGUUCACAGAUAUCCCGACAAGAAAUGGACACAAAACGGAUGUCCAUAGGAUAUCCUGUGCUGUCUGGGCGCGGUAAAGCAAGUAUAGGUUUGUGAUAGUUUGCGAUUGUGAAUCUCCAGUGAAUCUCUCUUGAGUACCACAAUGAGUACAUGUUCUGUAAAAACAUGCAAAAACGACACUCGAAAAUCAAAUAAUAUUCAGUUUUUUCUGUUUCCGAAAAACAAAGAAUUAUUAUUAAAAUGAGAAGCAGCGUGUGGAAAAGAAAAUGUUAAUAUGAAAAAUGGACGCAUCUGUUCUGUUCACUUUGAUGCAACGGCAUACAAAGACCCCUCAUGGAUGCAACCACUGUUAGGUUAUACAACGCCGAAGAAGCGUAAAUUGAAAUCUCAUGCAGUCCCCACGCAGAAUUUAGAUUCAACUAGUGAAGAUGUACAAGUAGCAUCUUCAUCAGUCAAGAGAUUUCAUGAAUUUAAGGUAAUACCAAGUGUAACAUCUACUACAAUACAACCUGAAGACCAAAUGGAGGCUUCGACUUCAAGAUAUUCACCACAUUUUGAUAAAGCUGAUAGAAUGUCUGCGAAAUCAGAAUCCUAUCACGAAAUAAAAAAAUUAAAAAGAAAAUGUACAAAGUCGGAGUUACUCAUCAGGACUUUACAGCACCACGGUUCUGCUAUUUGUAAGGAGCCAUGGAUUUUUAAAACAUUAGCGUCAGAAAUUAUGCAAUUACAAGACAAAAAUUGCCUAGUAAUACCAAACAAGGUAUUAUUAUGUUUAAUUCGCACAAGAACAUACAUAUGUCCGUGUUCGAGAAUUAAAUAAACAAUUAAAAAAUGAUGCGUAUACAAGAAAAAAAGAAAAAA